CUCCACAAUGAACGUGACCCAAGAAAGUGGAAGCAGCAGUUGAAAAGCCUCCGUAAAUAACUGCCGGAAGACUUACUACGAAGGAUAGUAAUGGAUAGCUAUAAAUCUCUCGACAAUAGAGAGAAAGAGGCCUUUUUAGACGUUGCCCAUUUCUUAAUGGGAGAAAACAGAGAUCUGGUGGAGAGAGUUUUGGAUGGAUUUAAUGAUAACGGUUUUCAAUGCCUUCAGACGCUCUGUCAGAAAUGCCUUGUGGAAUUUGAGCUUGCAGAUAUAAUUCGUUCGAGAGCGUUACAGUUGAAAGCGUGGAUUGGAGUGUAGGUAUUUGGAAAAGAGCAAAGGGGAGCUUCAAAAUAAGAAUGCACGAUUUAGUGAGGGACUUGGCAAGACAAAUCGGCAGACAGGAGUUACCUCUUCGCCUCUGUUGUUCAAACGAUAAAAUGAUCUCCACAUGGGUAUUUGAUCUCAUUACUUUUCAACAGUUUCCGUUAUUUUUUUGGCCAUUAAGCAUGGAAAUGUACAUAGAAAGUAAACGGAAGUCUAAUUUUUCCAAAAGCUAUUUUUUGAAUCUUCGGUUAACUUCUAUUAAUGUUGCAGCAAUC